AUGGAGGCCCAUAUUUCCAACCCACCCCCGGCCCCCAGGUCUCCAGCAGAGGGCAAGCGCCUCCGCAAGGCUUGCAACUUAUGUCAUCGAAUGAAACUCCGCUGCGCAAGUGGACAACCAUGCAGUCGAUGUGCAGACACUGGGAAUGAGUGUGUAUAUGCGUUCGUAGCAAAACUUGGGAAGCCACCUGGGAGUCGCAACAAGAAGACAAUCGAGCGCGAGAGGCCAAAGUCGGGCACUGAGAAUGGAGAAAGCUCCAGACAAGGCAGUGCGGCAAACAGCUUACCACAACCAUCGUCACCCCGGACGCCAACCCGUGAUAUCGAGAACGACAUCAACAAUGCUGAGAACUCAGGUCUAUCGGCCAUGGACCUUGACGUUUUGCCUGGAGCGGACCAGGGUGCUGCCGCAACCUCACUGAACCAUCUCCCAAGCACGUCAACAUUUCCUGCAUUUGGCUGGGAAUGGCCCAAGGAGCUUGGGCAAGACUACUUUGAAGGUGCAAUCUACGAUUUCCCCAGUUCAGACGCCACGCUCCUCUCACAGUCGUUUGACUUCCAGUCCGAAUGGCCAUUUUCAUUGAAUUCCGACUGUCUUGCGCUGAAUCAAACCACUGCCGCCCCACUGGACUCUCUUUUGCCCACGCCUGCUUCUGAAGCCGUGCCGAAAGCCAAGAGUAGUCCGAGUCCAAGUAACAGCCAAACAUCAUGCAACUGCCUAAGAAUGCUGUUCGACACACUCUGCGCCAUCCGGACCCCAAGCGCCAACAUGGGCCAACACCAGAACAACGCCUUCCUCGCAGCGCUCAACGCUGUAAGCACCCUGCAAAAAGUGCAGAGAUGCAAUAUAGUAUCUUGUCACUCCGACCAUGAGACGACGGAAAUGGUCAUUCUCACUGUCGACAACGCCCUCAGCGGCCUACAGCGUCUGCUGUUCGACGGCACAGGCGUCGAGGCCAUGUUCCGGGAUAUGCAGUUACACCUGGGUGGUCAGACAGUCUCUGAGACCGAAUCACUCUCAUUAGUGCGCCAGACGCUGCUUGGGCUUGUGCGCGAGCGAGCACAGCAGGCUGUGGAAGAGACUCGACGACGUCUGUCUAUGUUGGGCACGAAUUGGAACAGCAACGCCGGUGCGGAUUUGGAAGAGGCGCUCAAAGGCAACACGGAUAAAAUGAACAGCGUGAAGCUGCGGAUGGCGGCCAUGAGGCUGGAUACUAUGCUACAGCAGAUCGAGUGGCGGCUGUAUUGA